UAUCUGUCCCGCUCGAAACUCUAAAAAGCAAGAUGUCUACUAAUGAGAAUACACCAUCGGCUCGAUUGAAUAGAUUCAAGAACAAAGGAAAGGACAGCACAGAAAUGAGAAGGAGGCGAAUCGAAGUCAAUGUGGAGCUGAGGAAAGCUAAGAAAGAUGAUCAGAUGCUUAAAAGAAGAAAUGUGAGCACUUUACCAGACGAUGCUACUUCUCCCCUUCAGGAAAACAAAGGCAACCAGGUUUUGGCACACUGGUCAGUGGAAGAAAUAGUCAAAGGAGUUAAUAGUAAUAACAUGGAGCUUCAGCUACAGGCUACUCAAGCUGCCAGGAAACUCCUCUCAAGAGAGAAGCAACCCCCAAUAGACAACAUCAUUCGGGCUGGUUUGAUUCCCAAGUUCGUCUCGUUCCUAGGCAGAGCAGACUGCAGCCCCAUCCAGUUUGAAUCUGCCUGGGCACUCACCAACAUCGCCUCUGGCACAUCAGAGCAAACCAGGGCAGUGGUGGAUGGAGGGGCAAUCCCAGCCUUCAUUUCCCUGCUGGCCUCUCCACACACUCACAUCAGUGAGCAGGCUGUGUGGGCCUUGGGGAAUAUUGCAGGAGAUGGUUCUGCCUACAGAGACCUGGUUAUUAAAUAUGGUGCAAUCGAGCCUCUGCUGAGUCUCCUCGCUGUUCCUGACCUCUCUUCCCUGGCUUCUGGGUAUCUGCGCAAUGUUACGUGGACCCUCUCGAACCUGUGUCGCAACAAGAACCCCGCCCCUCCCAUCGAAGCCAUCCAGCAGAUCCUCCCCACCCUUGUGCGCCUCCUGCACCACGAUGACCCCGAGGUGUUGGCAGACACAUGCUGGGCAAUUUCCUACCUCACAGACGGUUCCAAUGACAGGAUAGAAGUUGUUGUGAAAACUGGAUUGGUGCCCCAACUUGUGAGACUCCUGGGAUGUAGUGACCUGCCAAUAAUGACUCCUUCACUAAGAGCCAUAGGAAAUAUUGUCACUGGUACUGAUGAGCAGACACAGGUUGUUAUUGACUCAGGAGCUCUGGCUGUCUUUCCAAGUCUCCUUUCCCAUCACAAAAACAACAUUCAGAAAGAAGCAGCCUGGACAAUGUCCAACAUCACUGCUGGGCGUCAGGAUCAGAUCCAACGAGUUGUAGACCACGGUCUCGUGCCUUAUCUCAUUGCUAUUCUGAGGAAGGGGGAUUUCAAGUCUCAGAAGGAAGCUGUGUGGGCUGUGACGAACUACACAAGUGGUGGAACAAUUGACCAGAUAGUGUACCUUGUUCAGGCUGGUGUUCUUGAACCCCUGCUGAAUCUUCUCUCAACUAAAGACAGCAAAACUGUGCUCGUUAUCCUGGAUGCAGUUUCCAACAUCUUCUUGGCUGCUGAGAAGAUUAAUGAGACUGAAAAGCUUUGCCUCAUGAUUGAGGAGUGUGGGGGUCUAGACAGAAUUGAAGCUCUCCAGUCCCAUGAAAACGAACAAGUGUACAGAGCCUCAUCCUCCAUCAUUGAGAAAUACUUUUCAGCAGAAGAAGAGGAAGACCAAAAUGUUGUACCAGACUCUACUGCUGACAGCUACACUUUCCAAAUCCAGGACAGUACCCCAAAUUCUUUUAACUUCUAGGUCUUGCAUAUACUGCAGCCACCUACAAGUGGUUUAGCACACAAAUGACUGCCACCUCUUUGUCUUAAUAGUUCCUCUUGCCUUUACUGGUUUUUCUGUGUUCUGUAGCACUUUGUCCAACUGAAACAUACUUGAACAGUUCCAACUCUAUAUGUAUUUGUGAAUUUUUAAAUGUAAACCUCAUUCUUUGAGAUGUACUUGUAAAUACUUCAUGUUUCUGUCCUUGUCUGG